UUAAUUAACUGUAUUUUAUUUCUUACAUGUCAUUUCAAUCUUCCUCAGUACAAUGUGAGCUCAUUCAAGACAAACACAAUCGAUUCUUAAUUGUAUAUUCCAGGCCCUAGCACGGUGCCUGGCACAAACUAGGUCUUCAAUAGGUUUGUUAGUGAAAAAAUAAACACUUUUUAUAGAAAAAGAAAGGAAAAACAAAAGAUUGGAGCUGUGGAAAGCAGUUAAUUUUUUUUUAAGUAUUGCACUAAAUGGUAACAAUUAACUCUUUAUUUCCUCUAUAGAAAUAUUGUAGUUCAUGAAGGUGAAGCCCCCAUUGCAGGCUGGUGAAGCUGGAACAGGUAGGCUGGGUUCUAACACCAGACCUCCUGUUUCCCUCUUCCCAGAGCCAUCCUGCUCCCCAGGGAAAAUGUCAGGGUGGAGCAACAGCAGCUCCAGUGUGUCCUACACCAGCUUCCUCCUGGUGGGCUUCCCGGGGCUGCAGGAGUCCCGAGCCCUCCUGGUGCUGCCCUUCCUCAGCCUCUACCUGGUGAUCGUCUCCACCAAUGCCCUGGUCACCUACACGGUGGUGGCCCAGAGGAGCCUGCACCAGCCCAUGUACCUGCUCAUCGCCCUGCUCCUGGCUGUCAACAUCUGCACUGCCACCACCGUGGUGCCCGCCAUGCUGUUCAGCUUCUCCACCCACUUCAACCGCGUCUCCCUGCCUUGCUGUCUGGUCCAGAUGUUCUGCAUCUACUUCUUCAUUGUCUUUGACUGCAACAUCCUCCUGGUCAUGGCCCUGGACCGCUAUGUUGCCAUCUGCUGUCCUCUCCGCUACCCAGAAAUAGUGACAGGCCACUUGCUGGCUGGCCUGGUGGGGGUGGCAGCUGUCAGGAGCACUUGCAUUGUUGCUCCAGUGGUGGGGCUGGCCUCUCGGGUUAGCUUCUGCCGCUCGAACAUCAUCCAUCAUUUUGCUUGUGAGCACAUGGCCUUGAUGAAGCUGUCCUGUGGGGACAUCUCCCUAAACAAGACUGUGGGGCUCACUCUCCGUGUCUUCAACAGAGUCCUAGACAUGCUGCUACUUGGAACCUCCUACUCCCGCAUUAUCAAUGCUGCUGUCCGGAUUUCAUCAGCUGGGGCCCGCUCAAAGGCCCUCAACACCUGUGGCUCCCACCUACUGGUCAUCUUCACUGUUUAUUCCUCCACCAUGUCCUCAUCUGUCGUCUACCGUGUGGCCCACACCACUUCCCAGGAUGUGCACAACCUGCUCAGUGCCUUCUACCUGCUGCUCCCAUGCCUGGUCAACCCCAUCAUCUAUGGGGCCAGAACCAAGGAAAUCAGGCAGCACCUGGCAACCCUAUUCCAGAGGGAACAGCUACUGAUCCCCACUGAGAAUCCCCAGUCCCUGCCCUCACGUAGGGAGCUUCCUGCUUGACUGUUUGGAACUUAUAGGUCCUCCAGUCAUUCUCUCAAGUGUGUAAAUGUGCAAGUGAGUUGUCCCCGCUAUAUUUUGGCUUUGGCCAUCUGUUUUCCUCUUUGAGAAUUUUUAUCCAUUUUCUGAAAAACAGCUACUCAUCCACCUAUACAGUAACCAACUGCAAAGUAAACUUCUG